GUUUGGGCCGUCCCGUGGGCUGGCCCGCUGCCCCCACGUGAGGGCCGGGCCGGAGCAGGGGGAGUCCGGGCUCUGCCGCCCUCCAGCGCCGUCAUGUGCGAGGUGCCCGCGGAGGUUCAGCGCUUCCUACAGCAGCACCCGGUGCUGCGCCUCGUCGAGCCGGGCAAUAAGGUGAAAUGCAGGUUGACAGGUCAUGAGCUGCCAUGUCGGAUGCCAGAGCUGCAAGCUUAUACAAGUGGCAAGAAGUAUCUGAGACUGAUAAAGACAACAAGAGAAUUUGACUACAGCGAAUUCGAGCCACACAUUGUGCCCAGUACCAAGAAUCCCCAUCAGCUGUUUUGCAAGCUCACUCUCAGGCACAUCAACAGGCUUCCAGAGCAUGUGCUGCGUCAUGUCCAAGGAAGGCGCUUUCAGAGAGCACUGAAAAAAUAUGAAGAGUGCCAGAAGCAAGGUGUGGAGUACGUCCCUGCCUGCCUCCUGCAGAAAAGGCAGCGGCGGCGAGAUGAUCAGGCUGAGGGGAGCAGGCAGCCCCGCAGAAAGGGAGAAUUCUGGGAGCCUAUGUCCAGUGAAGAGGAAGAAGAUGACACAGAUGAUAGCAUGAGUGACCUGUACCCAUCUGAGCUUUUCCCAGAAAAAAGGCCAGUGGUGCAAGGAGAACGGGAAGGUGGUGAUGACUUCGUGACAGAUAGUGAGGAAGAUGUGGCCAAGCCCGCAGAGGAAAACAGCAUCAAUGGAGAGGAGAGUGAAAAGAUGGACGAGACCAGACGAGCUGGCAAUAAAAGGGGAAAGCCACAGUUGAGUUCCUUAAAGAAGAAAUUUAAGAGUCACCAUCGAAAACCCAAAAGUUUCAAGAAAGCAGCCAAUGGCAAAUAAACUUUUCUAUAAGUGUGAAA